ACACAUUAUCCACGGCUGGACCCGUUUGAAUAUGUAAUGUUCGGGAAAGUAUAUCGUAUCGAAGGUGAAGAAUCAAAUUCGGAGACCAAUACGCUAGCUGCAUAUGCCUCGUUUGGUGGCCUGCUGAUGAGGUUGAAAGGAGAUGCGAACAAUUUGCAUGGCUUUGAACUUGACUCAAACAUUUAUUUGCUAAUGAAAAAAGUUGAAGUAGCCAUGAAGCCUGAGAAGUUGUGUGAUGUUUCUGAAGCUGAAAAAGCACGGCAAAUGCUACAGCAUCUCGAGGAAUCGGUAGAUUUUUUUUUAUCAUUUUGCUUCGAAACGGUUUUUAUCCUUUUUACAUAUUUUCAGAAAACAAAAUUAAAAAAUUAUCAGCAUUUGGUGCAUGCCAUGGAAGUGGGUGAUUUAAGUGAAGAUCUGUUGGAGCAUUGUCCAAAACUUGCACAAGUUAUGAAAGAAAACGAGAAACUCCAAUACAGAGCACAGAUUCUCAAAAAAAGUAUAAAUGAACAGGAACGAAUGAAUAAUGAAUCGGCUAGUAGCAAUUCACGAGCACCUGUAGAAAAGAAACCGAAAUCGGAGAAUUCCGCGAAGAAAAAUGAUCAGAAAUCAACUGGGAACGGCAAAGCUGAAAUAUCCAAAGAAACGAAAAAAUUCAGUUAUGUUCGUGUGCAUGAUUUUGGAAGUUCCGUAUUAUGCAUGUUGCGCGAGCAUUUUUCGGAAACUGUUUCGAAGCUCUAUCCUGAAAUAAAUUCGGUUCCAAUAUUGGUAGUAGAAACGCAACAAGCGAAAUUUGGUGAUUAUCAGUUUAAUUCAUCGGCAAUAAUUGCUCAGAAACUGAAACAGAUUGGCCGCAAAAUAUCACCACGUGAAAUAGCACAAGCAAUAGUGGAAAAUCUGCCGCAAUGUGAUUACAUCGAGAAGAUGGAAGUUGCCGGUGCUUUCUACGUCAAUGUAUUUUUGAAGAAGAAUUAUAUUGCUUCUUGCAUUGCAAAUAUUGCUUUAAAGGGUAUCCAAAUACCGAAAAUUGAAAAACGUCGUGUUAUUGUUGACUUCUCAUCACCAAAUAUUGCCAAAGAAAUGCAUGUUGGUCAUUUACGAUCGACGAUUAUUGGCGAUAGCAUAUGCCGCUUGCUGGAAUAUGUGGGAUUUGAUGUUCUUCGGCUGAAUCAUAUUGGCGAUUGGGGCACACAAUUUGGCAUGCUUAUUGCACAUUUGCAGGAUUGUUUCCCAAAUUUCCUAAAUGAAGCGCCUCCAAUCUCAGACUUACAGGCCUUUUAUAAGGAAUCGAAAAAGCGUUUUGACAGCGACGAAGCGUUUAAAGCACGUGCCUAUGACUGUGUUGUAAAGCUGCAGAAUUAUGAUCCGGAUUUUGUGAAAGCUUGGCAACUGAUUUGCGAUGUCUCUCGGAAGGAUUUUAGCCGAAUUUACGAUCGGCUGGAAAUAGAAAUUAUUGAACGAGGCGAAUCGUUUUAUCAAAAACUUAUGAUCGAACUAGUCCAGGAGCUCGAUGAACAGGGUAAACCCCUCCUUUUUCUUUUUCUGAUGCUUCAAAGGAUUUUGCAGUCAACCUUGUUGACA